GUGAUGGUGGCUGUGCACGAGCUGGGGCACAAUUUGGGCCUGGGCCACGCGGCCAGCCGGUCGCUGGAGUACGGCAACGUGUUUGACUGGAUGGGCAACUACCCGGGCCUCGCCAGCCUGUCCUUCAGCGUGGGUUACAGGCAAAGACUCAGAUGGCUUCCGACUGACGCGGUUGCUCAGAUCACCGACAAGGACCUCGCUGAUCUGAACAAUGAAUACCACCUGAAGCCGUUCGAUCGCGGCGGGGCGCCCCGCGUCGGAGACCUGGUGGGCAGAUCCACAUCCGGCUGA